AUGACGGACGUAGAUAUUGCCUCCAACUCUCACUGGCAAGAAAUUUUGAACACACUUCAACUAUCCAAAUCAGUUGCAGAAAUAGAUACUCAUGAUAUUGAAGGGAAAGAGAUGGUAAGUCUAAAAAUGUGGGAGGCAUUCUAUUAUACUUAUGCAAGAUGGAAAAGUUUCAGUCCUAGAAUUGACGAUACAAAAUCCAGGAAAAGUGAUGGAGAAAUAUACAUUCGACGAUGGGUUUGUAACAAAGAAGGUUUUCGGAAGGAGAAAUUUUUGAACAUGCCAGACAGGAAGAAGCGACCAAAAGAAAUAACACGUUGUGGGUGUCAAGCUGCGUUACGAAUCCUUCGGUUACAAAAAACAAAUCUUUGGCGGUGUCAAGAAUUUGUACCAUUUCAUAAUCAUGAUUUGGUAAUACCAUCACAAAUGCAAUUCACUCGGGCAAACCGCGAGGUUCCUGAAGCAGUAGCUGCACAAGUAAUUAGCAUGAAUAGAUGUGGUAUCAAAACUUCUUCCGUUGUAGCACAUAUUGCCCUACAAUCUGGAGGGUAUGACAAUCUUCCUUUCCAACUAAGAGAUGUGUACAACAAAGUGGCUAGUUUAAGAAAGCAAGAGAACAUAUCAAGUGAUGCAGAAGGUACAUUGGGUUUCUUAGACGGCUUACCAUCAAUGGAUCCUGAAUUUUACGUCGAGUACAAGAUUGAUGACGAAAAUCAAUUAGCAUUCCUUUUUUGGGUUGAUGGUAUGAGUAGAAGAGACUACAUGUUAUUCGGGGAAGCUAUUGCUUUUGAUACAACAUACCGCACCAAUAAGUAUAAUAAGCCAUUGACUGUAGUUGUUGGCGUCAAUCACCAUUUUGAAACUUGUGUGUUCGGUUGCGCAGUUUUACUUGAUGAGACGGAAGACGCUUAA